AUGUCGACCGACCCUCCUCGCAAUGAAAUGGUAUACCUGCCCGGCGUGCUCUCGCCGAACCGAUCCUUCGGUGUAUUCCGCAAAGUCCUACACACGGGACUAUACUCGCAAUUCGUGGCCAUGGAGGUACCUGUGAACGGCGAGAUCGGAGACGAGAAACACACCGUCGAUCAAGUCCUCCUUUUCACCUCGGGAAUCGGCAAAGCCAUCGUGGCCGGAAAAGAGCAGGAAGUGAAGCAGGGCGACACGGUGAUUGUUCCUGCGGGCACUCAGCACCAGUUCUUGAAUGUUGGAUCGGCGCCCUUGGAAGUGGUCACUAUUUACUCUCCCGCAGAACAUCAUCCUCAAACGGUGCACCAGACUAAGGCUGAGGGUGAUGAAAAAGAGGAAUCAGGCCAGGAUGAGCCGGCGGAGUGGAGUCAGAGAAGUAAGGAGGAGAAUGAGAAAUUGGGGCUUGUAAAAGUGUAA